CGCUCACCUCACCUCAGCAAGCACGAGAAGACAUACCAGGAGAAUAUAUACCCCCCAUCGCCCAUCGCCGGAUCUCCGCUUUUAUUUUUCGACCAGCACCGACCGACCGGCACCGACCGACUGACUGCGCGCGACGGGCGACAACAAAUCCGACGACGACUACGCGAUUCCCGUCCAUCUCUCUCCGCCGAUACCUACGAACCCCCCGCAGAGCGUUCCUAUGAGCGCACUCACGACUAGCUCCUCCAGCUCAGCGACAACGAUGGAGCCGCCUCAACCCGCGCCGAAGCCGCAGGUUCAGCCCUGCCGCUACAAAACGGGAAAGACUCUCGGCAGCGGCUCCUACAGCACUGUUCGCGAGUGCAUACACAUCGACACCGGUCGGUAUUAUGCGGCAAAGGUGAUUAAUAAGCGGCUCAUGGCUGGGCGGGAGCACAUGGUCCGGAAUGAGAUUGCUGUGUUGAAGAGAGUGUCCAUGGGCCACCAGAAUAUCCUUACGCUGGUGGACUACUUCGAGACGAUGAACAACUUGUACCUGGUAACUGAUCUGGCGCUCGGCGGCGAGCUCUUCGACCGGAUAUGUCGCAAAGGCAGCUACUACGAAUCGGACACGAGCGAGCUGAUCCGCGCGACGUUGAGCGCCGUUGCGUAUCUCCACGAUAACGGGAUAGUGCACCGCGAUCUGAAGCCGGAGAAUCUCCUUUUCCGCUCGUCCGAUGAAAACUCGGAACUGCUGAUCGCCGACUUUGGGCUUUCGAGGAUCAUAGACGAGGAGCAGUUCCACGUGCUGACCACCACCUGCGGCACACCGGGGUAUAUGGCGCCGGAAAUCUUCAAGAAGACGGGGCACGGGAAGCCAGUCGACAUCUGGGCCAUCGGCGUGAUAACCUACUUCCUCCUGUGCGGGAUGACGCCCUUCGACCGCGACAACAACAUGGAAGAGAUGCAAGCGAUCCUGAACGCGGAUUACAAGUUCGACCCAGACUACUGGUCGUCGGUGUCGGAGACGGCGAAGGACUUUAUCCGCAAGUGUCUCACCGUGGACCCGCUGGAGCGAAUGACGGCGCACGAGGCACUAGAACACCCCUUCCUGGCCGAGUCCCACCGCGGCCUCAAGGAGGACCUCCUGCCCACCGUCAGAAAGAACUUCAACGCUAGACGGAACUUGAUUGCCGCUAUCGAUGCGGUCAGGGCGGUCAGGAAGCUGAAGGAAGGAGGCACUAUGGACGGCGCCCUCAGUAUCUCCCCCGAAACCCAGAAGGAUAAGAAAGAUGAGCAGAAGGUCAGUGUGGGGCUGUGGAAGAGGCCGGCGGGUGGGCUCAUGAGACCGUGAGGCUGGGGAAUCCGCUCGUU